CUAAAGGAUGACAGACUCAAACACUCAGCCCAACUUCUGCAGGACUCAUACACAGGAGAAACUUUCCCAGCAGUCGGGAUCAAUCAAACGGAGGACAGACUGGAAAACUAGGAAUUAUCUGUGGCACUGUCACUUCUGAGAGCCACACAGCGACGUCACCAGAGGACACAUUAGGGAAAACAGACCCCCAGGAUACCCAGGGCUCAUCAGACUGACAGGGCACCCUCAGCUCACUUACUCAUAACUACCGGAGGAAACCCUGAAUUUACUACCUCUGGGGGCCCACAGGUAGACACUGUGGAAUAUUCACAGGACUUAAACCUGGGCUCAGCACCACAGGAAAACAACUGGGACCAGAUCCUUAGGAAACCCACUGGAGGACCCACUGGGAUCGUCUGUUCAGGAAACCCACGAGAGGAAAUCUAGGUUUUACAUAGCAAACCCACGAGAGGAAAUCUAGGUCUUACAUAGCAAAACCAGGAAAGGACUUAUACGACUGGCCUUCUGCGCACAUCCACGGGAUCAUUACUAGGACUCACCUUAUUAUCUGUUAAAAAAUAAAGUCCACGGACUGUAGAUACAUUUGAGAAGACCCACACGGUACACUAAGCUCAGCAACACAGGCCCACGGAAGGGAUUACCUAAAUAGCAGAUCCACGGGAGGACAAACUGUACAACUAAGCAGCCGCUCAUGAAGACAGUCGGCUCUCAAAUACUCGGUUGACCCACAGGACAUAAUCCUGGGCUCAUUUUUUGAGCAGACCCACAACAGACCACCCUGGACUUACCUCUUGAGGAAACCCACAGGAGGACCCCCUGGGAUCAUUACCUCAGCAGACCAACAGGAGGACACCCUGGACUUACAUUCUUACCAGACCCAUGUAGGGCGCAAUCAGGACCCUGCCUUGCUCUGGGGAUCGGGUUGGGGUGGUGACUCUGGUUUCUGGUUUGAGAAGGGUUACAGUGCUAGCUUGGGGCAUACAAUGAGUGACAGGAGGAGAUCCGCAGUCACACUCAGCUCCAGAGCUCAUGCCUUCUCUGUAGAGGCUCUAAUCGGGACAAAUAAAAAGAGGAAACUUCGAGACUGGGAGGAAAAGGGUUUGGAUUUGUCUAUGGAGAGUUUGAGUCCUCAUGGGGAGUUGGAUGAAGGAGAGGACGCGGCCCCAUGCCUGGACCUCAACCCUGAUUCAGAACACAGCACAAGCUCGGACACUGAGGUUCUGGGAGAAAGAACCUCCUGUUCCUAUGAGACCUGCCCAGACCUGGCGCCGUCAAGAGUCCCUGAUCCCCAACCUCUGUCCUUGGCUUCCAUGGAAGAGAUCCAAGUGGAGCUACAAUGUGCCGACCUCUGGAAGAGAUUCCAUGACAUUGGGACUGAGAUGAUUAUCACCAAGGCAGGCAGGAGGAUGUUUCCUGCGAUGAGAGUAAAGAUCUCAGGACUGGAUCCCCAUCAGCAGUAUUAUAUAGCAAUGGACAUUGUGCCUGUUGAUAACAAGAGAUACAGGUACGUCUACCACAGCUCCAAGUGGAUGGUGGCUGGUAACGCUGAUUCCCCUGUGCCCCCUCGCGUGUACAUCCACCCAGAUUCACUUGCUUCUGGAGACACCUGGAUGAGGCAGGUGGUCAGCUUUGACAAACUGAAACUCACCAACAAUGAGCUGGACGACCAGGGUCAUAUUAUCCUACACUCUAUGCACAAGUAUCAGCCUCGUGUACAUGUUAUACGCAAGGACUUCAGCAGUGAGUUGUCACCCACCAAACCCAUUCCAGCAGGGGACGGGGUGAAGACUUUCAACUUCCCAGAAACAGUGUUCACAACAGUAACAGCCUAUCAGAACCAGCAGAUAACAAGGCUAAAAAUUGACAGGAACCCCUUUGCUAAAGGAUUCCGGGACUCUGGGAGGAACAGGACAGGUCUUGAGGCCAUCAUGGAAACGUAUGCAUUUUGGAGACCACCAGUCCGCACACUAACCUUUGAAGAUUUUACAACCAUGCAGAAGCAACAAGGUGGCAGCACAGGGACAUCACCAACCACAUCAAGCACUGGGACCCCAUCUCCUUCAGCUUCCUCCCACCUCCUCUCCCCAUCAUGCUCCCCUCCCACCUUUCAUCUUGCUCCAAACUCUUUCAAUGUUGGUUGUCGAGAGAAUCAGCUGUGCAACCUUAAUCUUUCAGAGUACCCUGCAUGUGCCCGGAGCAACAUGGCUGCACUUCAGAGCUAUCCAGGCCUGAGCGAUAAUGGAUACAACAGGCUUCAAACCAGCAACUCCUCUGGUACUCAAACUUCUGAGACCUACAUGCCCCAGAGGACUUCAUCAUUGAUCUCUGGGAUGCCCACUCCCUCCUCAUUGCCCAGCAGUAGCAAGAUGGAUGCAUACAGUGGCCAGCUUGGUUCUUACCCAACAUCUCAGUUUCAGUAUAUGAUGCAGGCAGGGAAUCCCUCAUCUAGCUCAUCCUCUCCACACAUGUUUGGCAGUGGCCACAUGCAGCAGAGCUCCUACAAUGCAUUUUCCCUUCACAACCCCUAUAAUCUCUAUGGAUACAACUUCCCAGCGUCUCCACGCUUGGCAGCAAGUCCAGAAAAACUGACUGCAUCCCAAAGCACUUUAUUGUGCUCCUCUCCAUCCAAUGUAGCUUUUGGGGAGAGGCAGUACCUCUCUUCUGGCAUGGAUGCCAUGCACAUGAUUGGCAGUCCAUCAGCAAAUCAGCAAGCACCAAACACCUGUGACAGCAGACAAUAUGGAGCUUCAUCCUCACAAAUGUCUGUGCACAUGGUUUAGGUGUGGCCAGGAUGUUUACAGUUGGAUCUCAAGUGACUUCAAGGACAGCAUAAGCAUGAAAGCUCUUGAUAAGAAAACUUAAUAUAAAGAAUUAGCUCCCAGGAUUAUCAGCAGAGAAAGGUAAAACACAGGUAGCAUACCCACAAACUAAACAAAUUACAGAUUAUAACUGUGUGCUCAACAGAUCAACCACUUUGAAGACCAGGCAUCAGUCUUUUUUUCAGCCAAAGAUUUUUUUAAGAGAAAUGCAGUACUUUAAGACAGCAAUUGACACUCUUGACUGCUUGAAUGACAUACACCUUAUCCAUGGUGCUUUGUGAAACUCUCUUGGCUAUAACUAUGGACAUCAAAAUAUACCAGGUUAAUAAAACAGGUUUCCUGCACAUGAAAGAUAAAAAGUCAAUGCAGCAGUUGUGUAUUGUAGGAUACUUUGCACCAACUGGAAAGGAAAUUCCACCAGCAGGGAAAGUGUGAAAUAAUUGUCUAAUGGUGUAUGACUCUGCCUGCUGGAGCAUAAUGAGUGAGGCUUAGAGGAACCCAUUUAAUAAUAUUAUCUGUAAGUUACAGAUCUGUCCAACUGUUGUUGCCUAAUGUGGCCCAGGACAUUAACAAGAAGUUCAUGGUACAGGACUUGGUGUUUUGUCUUGGCUUCCUUUGAGCAGAUGACUCACAAAAGAUGGCUUUAAGUGGAAUUAAACUAGCGAUUCUAUGUGCCACAAGGGCUGUUGAGGAAUCUGCUUCUGAGAAUCGGUAGUUAAUAGAGGGUUUAUAAAAUUGCCUUAUAAACUGUUUAGGUGAAUUGAUCUGGAACAUUUCUAGAAAAUAUUUGGGUAUUGAUCAUUAAACCCGAAGUCUGUACAAGAUGCUAAACAAUAACUUGCCAGGUCAGAGUUACAACAAAAUGAUCCUAGCUGACACAACAAGUAAAGGCAGUUGGCCAGGCGUAUUCACCAAAAAAAAGUUAUGUUUACUUAUAACUCUAAUAAAAUUAUUCAUAGAAAGACUGAAUUAGCAGAACAUCACAACAAUAAAGGAGUUAUGUAAAUAAGAGUAUUGUCAGGUGGUAAAAUAUUGUUAAUCUUAUAAAGGCAGGGACACAUCUAAUACUCACAUUUCAUUUAUUUCUCUUCCCUAUCCCUUAAUUAUCACAGCAUUCUCUCCACCCCACCCCCCACACCGUUAACGACACAGAAGGAACUCUCAGCUCCUCUAUUGUUAUUUAUGCUAUUUUCUCUUUAUUUGUUCAACAAAUACUCCGUACACAAGGUUACCAGAUGACCAGGAAAAAUAUAUAAAAUAUAUAAAAAAAUGGUACAAUUAACUUUCUGUAUCUGGUCUAAAGCCUUGUGUGGGCAUUUGUCUGACAUGGACUACAAGGCUGUGGGUCUCAUGUGAGUGUGUGGCUAACAGGAGCUACAAGGCUGGGGGUCUGAUGUGGGGGUAUGGCUAUCAGGAGCUACAAGGCUGUGGGUCUCAUGUGAGUGUGUGGCUAACAGGAGCUACAAGGCUGUGGGUCACAUGUGAGUGUGUGGCUAUCAGGAGCUACAAGGCUGUGGGUCUCAUGUGAGUGUGUGGCUAACAGGAGCUACAAGGCUGUGGGUCUGAUGUGGGGGUAUGGCUAACAGGAGCUACAAGGCUGUGGGUCUGAUGUGAGUGUAUGGCUAUCAGGAGCUACAAGGCUGUGGGUCUGAUGUGAGUGUAUGGCUAACAGGAGCUACAAGGCUGUGGGUCUGAUGUGACUGUAUGGCUAACAGGAGCUACAAGGCUGUGGGUCUGAUGUGCGUGUAUGGCUAACAGGAGCUACAAGGCUGUGGGUCUGAUGUGGGGGUAUGGCUAACAGGAGCUACAAGGUUGUGGGUCUGAUGUGCGUGUAUGGCUAACAGGAGCUACAAGGCUGUGGGUCUGAUGUGGGGGUAUGGCUAACAGGAGCUACAAGGCUGUGGGUCUGAUGUGAGUGUGUGGCUAACAGGAGCUACAAGGCUGUGGGACUGAUGUGAGUGUAGGGCUAACAGGAGCUACAAGGCUGUGGGUCUGUUGUGAGUGUAUGGCUAACAGGAGCUACAAGGCUGUGGGUCUGAUGUGAGUGUAUGGCUAACAGAAGCUACAAGGCUGUGGGUCUGAUGUGAGUGUAUGGCUAACAGGAGCUACAAGGCUGUGGGUCUGUUGUGAGUGUAGGGCUAACAGGAGCUACAAGACUGUGGGUCUGAUGUGAAUGUGUGGCUAACAGGAGCUACAAGGCUGUGGGUCUGUUGUGAGUGUAUGGCUAACAGGAGCUACAAGGCUGUGGGACUGAUGUGAGUGUAGGGCUAACAGGAGCUACAAGGCUGUGGGUCUGUUGUGAGUGUAUGGCUAACAGGAGCUACAAGGCUGUGGGUCUGAUGUGAGUGUAUGGCUAACAGGAGCUACAAGGCUGUGGGUCUGUUGUGAGUGUAGGGCUAACAGGAGCUACAAGGCUGUGGGUCUGAUGUGAAUGUAUGGCUAACAGGAGCUACAAGGCUGUGGGGCUGAUGUGGGGGUAUGGCUAACAGGAGCUACAAGGCUGUGGGGCUGAUUUGCGUGUAUGGCUAACAGGAGCUACAAGGCUGUGGGUCUGCUGUGAGUGUAGGGCUAACAGGAGCUACAAGGCUGUGGGUCUGAUGUGAGUGUAUGGCUAACAGGAGCUACAAGGCUGUGGGUCUGUUGUGAGUGUAGGGCUAACAGGAGCUACAAGGCUGUGGGUCUGAUGUGAAUGUAUGGCUAACAGGAGCUACAAGGCUGUGGGGCUGAUGUGGGGGUAUGGCUAACAGGAGCUACAAGGCUGUGGGGCUGAUGUAGGCAUUUGGCUAGAAUGGGAUACAAAGCCAUGGGUCUGAUCUCGGCAUGUGGCUAACAGAAGCUUUAAGGUUUGUAGGUCUGAUGUGCACAUAUGGUUAACAAAAGCUUUAAGGUUUGUGGGUCUGAUGUGUACAUAUGGCUAAGAUGGGCUAUAAGGCUUUGGGCCUGAUAUUAGCAUAUGUCUAUCAUGGGCUACCAGACUGUAUGUCAGUGAUGGACAUAUGGCUUACAGAGGCUACAGUGAAAUAGGUCUGAUUUGUAAUUUGAUGAGGGCUUAUAGCUGAAAGGGGCUACAAAGUUGUGGGUCUGAUGGGGUUUUUGGUGUGGGCUUUUGAAUAACAGGGGCUAUAAAGCUGUGAGUCUAAUUUGUGGUUUGAUGUAAACAAAUGCCUGAUAGGUGCUGCAGGACUAUGGAUCUUAUCUAUGGUAUGAUGAGGGCACAUGUCUGGAAGGGGCUGUAGGGCCAGGGGGAUAUGAUCUGAAGUAUAACGGGCAUAAGACUGACAUAGGCUGCAGUGCUCAUGAGUUUUACCUGUGGACAUAUAGGGCUAGAUUACUAGUGGUGCGCUAAUUUGAGUGAUAUUGUUUUUCCCCUGAUUUUUGUGCAAUGAAAUAGCGCAUACAUUAGGAGUUGAAAGUAAAUGUGUUCACUUGAGCGCAAUCAAAUUUAACACGUGUAAAGGGUAGAGGAAGAAAAGAGUUGCAGAAAACACAACAUAAAUACAUGUAAAAGUACAGCUACACUCAUAUUAAUGGUGUCUGAUAAAAAGCUAUACGGGCUCAAAGAUAGAUGGUAUAAGGUGUUUGACAAAAAAGGCUGCAAAGGGCUUCAACAUGCAGUAUGUGUACGUGUAAAUGUGAAACAAAGGUAAAUUGACAAAGGUGCAAGUUGGUCAGCGAAACGUACAUUGGAACUUUUAACUUUGUUACGUCAAAACGUGCCAGUGACUCACAGGGCGGAGUAUAACCUAGCUGGUCAAAGAUAGUGGUUAGUAAGCGGUUCAGUUUCUGCUCUCUAUCCGCAUCCAUCCGCUGGUCUGGUUGAUUCGGGACACUAUGUAUUGACUGUUUACCUCUGGGAUCCCUUUACACUAUUGUUUACUGAGCAUUUGUGACGUAUUUUAAUAUUUUAAAUAAAUAUUUCUUACCUGA